AUGGAAGAGAGAGUUACGGAGAAACUGAUCAUUAAAGCAAAAAAGCACGUGCGCUCUCUAGAGGCAGCCAAUAGCAAGUUGGAGCUGCAGAUCAAAGAGUUCUACGAGAUGAGAUCACCGACUCACAAGAAGGACCUCAGUGGGUUCUAUGCCACCAUCACAGACAUCCGCAACAAGAUCCAUGCCAGGUCUGUGGAGAACUCUCAGAUAAUCCUGCGGGUGGAUAAUGCCAGACUUGCAGCUGAUGACUUCAAGAUGAAGUUAGAGACGGAGGCUAACAUGCGUAUGACGAUGGAAGGGAAUGUGACUCGUCUGAGAGGAGUCCUGGACAGCUUUACACUCACCAGAGGAGACCUGGAGAUGCAGAUUGAGGGGCUGAAGGAGGAGCUGGCCUACAUCAGGAAGAACCACGAGGAGGAAACCUCCUCGAUGCGGCCGCAGCAGUGUGGUGCUGUGAAUGUGGAGAUGGACUGUGCUUCCUCAGUGGACAUGAGCAAGGUGCUGGAGGAGAUGAGGACCCAGUAUGAGGGCAUGGUGGCGAAGAACCAGAGAGAUGCUGCCAAGUGGUUCGAGAGCAAGGUGGAGGUGCUUCAGAACCAGAUCACCACCAGCACCACAGAGGUCAAGACCUCUCAGUCUCAGGUGACCGACCUGAAGAGGACCUUCCAGAGCCUGAACUGCAUUACAUUUGACAUUUUAAAGGGGUACCUGGAGCAGAGUGUCACUGAUAUAAUUGGUCGCUAUGGCUCCCAGCUGAGCCAGCUGCAGGUUCUUAUCAACAGCAUGGAGGAGGAGCUUCAGCAGCUCAACGUCAGCAUCCAGCAGCAGGCCUCCGAGUACCAGAUCCUCCUGGACAUCAAGAUGAGGCUGGAGAUGGAGAUCGCUGAGUACAGGAGGCUGCUGGAUGGAGAGGGACUCAGACAUGUGGAGACCCGACAGGAGGUCAGGAAAGUGAUCGUGGUCGAAAAGGUCCAGGAAGUACAACAAGACCAGGAAGUGGUGGCAGAGUACAACCCACAUAUGCAGAAGCGUGUAAGGGUGAUCGUUGAGGAGAUGGUUGAUGAGAAGGUCCAGGAUAUAAACUAACUGAGAAGGCCAGAUAGUUCCGGAAUCUGGUGAAGUUGUAAUGGAUCACACAUACCCCUGCAAACGGGGGUUCAAGCCUCGUCUAUAUAUAUAUGUCAUGGUCGCAUACUGUAAUAUUUCUCUUUUGGCAGGAUUGCAUCAGCUGAAUGAUAACUGAUGUAAUUUACUCAUGUUACCUUAUAAUUCUUAUAUGGCUCUAUCAUAUAGCAAAUGGAAUAUUAUUUAUAGAAUGUGUUUUUCCUGUUGUUCCAUUCGUUGCCACCAGGUGGCAUUUCUCUCAUUUAAACAUAUUUGGCCAGCUCAAUUAAAAGUGGAAACAGAUUAUUACAGUUGCAUAAGUGACAUCAGGGAAAA